AUGUUCUUCUUCUUCGUGUGCGGAGAGCACACCUUCCGUAAGCCUGUCGAGGGCUACGAGGGUAUGGUCUGCCAGUGUUACAACUGCGGUAACAUGUCUGGCCAUGUCAUCAAGAGCCACCCUUGGUUCACAUUCUGCUGGAUUCCCGUUAUACCCCUGUCCUUCAAGGGCUACACCGAUGUUGUCUGCCACAUUUGCAACUUUGCCCAGCCGCUUGAGAAUCGCCCCGACGUCACGGCCAUGAAGGGCGGAGGUCAAAUGCCGCCCCCGCAAGUGCAUGGUCAGCCUCCCCAGGGUUGGGGCCAAGCUCCGCCUCAUGCGGGCAAGGCGCGACGACGCGAGGAGAGCGGACUUGAGAAGAAGCGGAUUUCGGGUAUCGUGGAGAGAAGCAGGACGAAGGCCGGAGGAACUGGCGAUGACGAACGGACUUGGGGCUUUUUGCUGAGGGAAAGGCUUGUCGCCGGUCUCUCUCUCUCCUUCCGUCCUUCUCAAGUCUUGCCAUCUGCAGGAGCGUUUGGGGAGGGGUCCAUCGACACGCGAUUCCUUUCUGCCAACUCUACGUUCUGGCUCGUCAUCAUUUCUUCCUGCGAGGAAGCAGGAAGUCCUUUCGCCAAGAGCGCGGCGGUAUUGUCAGUGAACGUCCGUGAUUUUGGUUCACAUUCUUCUCUUCUUCAGGACUCCCGGGCGGGAUUCUUCUGGGCAUCCGCGAUUUCAGUCUACUCCCGUCAUCAGUCAGUCUCCCAAGGUCGGGGCUCUCCUGGCCGUGAUUCCACUUCACAUCGUCCUUCACGUAGUCUUCCGGGGCGGGUUUCUCCCAACCCGUGCUUGCGAUCCAUCUCCAAUAUACGCAAGAUAUCCAAAUUUGGCAUCUUUCAGGUUUGUAAUCUGUUGCUGGAACGAGACCCCUCGCCAAACAACAAGAAACGACAUCCGUACACAAGCUUCUCUUAUAUCGAACAAAAGAGUCGCUCAAAGUUCGACCGUGCCGCAAUGUCUCAUUUCGAAAACAACGAGACCAACGGCACACGCGGGGUGGCCGAGGACAGCCUCAGCGUCCGGUGGCCCCCAUCUUUCCUGACGGUGUUGCCGAACAGAAAUCUUUUGGGGGCCGGACAAGACUACCAUACAGAACCCAAUCAAGUUACGCAUUCUGACCCCUCUCAACGUGGUCUUGCCGCAGCCGUUCUGUUGGGCAGGUCUUUUACCCCAGCGGAGAACCGGUACCUGUAUAAUCGCCUGCCUAUGCGUCAGCCGCCCACAGCGAGGACCGUGUUGGGUCACUUUAGCGAGCUGCCUGCCCUCUACCUUGGCCUGGCUCAUGAAACUCGGUCAAGUCUCGACGAGAUGGAGGGGCGGGAACGCGAGAGGGGUGAGAGGCUGGUGGCGCUUGCAGACGCUCUAGCAAGGGGCUAUGGGGAGUUGGUUGUCUGUCUACCUAUGCAACGUAUCGAGGGUAUCAUUCGGCGGAAUAGAGGCGAGAAGAGGGUUAGUAAGUUCUGGGAGAAGGUGUUGGAGGAGGUUGAGACCGAGAACUUACAUUACAUCGUCUCAAGCUCGUGGGUUGCACUCUUCAUCGUCCAAUUGUCACAGGCGUCGAGUAUAUUGACAGAGACCUCACUCGACGAGAACGAGCACAUCCUGGUCAUUGUCAGCGCGGGACUGGCGCUGUUGUGGGCUGUGGCAGUCGCGUCAGAGGGUUUGGUUCUUACACAUGAGCGGAGAAGACAAGAUGACCGGUUAUUGAAUGGGACCAUUGCCAGAGAGGCAGGGACUUAUGACUUACGAUCGUUGUUCAGAGGUAUACCUAUUGCUAUGAAGAGCCAAACUCAAGGAGGUAUGACGUAUCUACAUGCACUCAGCCACAAGUGGAACUGUGGCGGUGCAAGCGCUCUGAAGUUUCCUGAGCUGCUUCCGUCAUGUCGAGACCAUGCGGACAACCACCCAAUGAGACUUGGUGCCUUUGACCUCUAG